GUCAGGAAGUCGAAAGCAGAUAACAGAGAAUCUUUGAAGGGCAGUGUAGUCACUGACAAAAACCAAACCUAUGAUUAGUGCGGUGAAGAAGGCUAUGCCAGGGGCAUGACUGUCAUAAAACAACACAAAAGAUUAGUUGAAAACUCUGCCGUCCAUAUAUAAGCAGCAAUUCUUUUUCCAUCAUCAAGGCGCUCGCGGCAAUCUUUUGUGUGGAAGAAGUCGAAAGGGGGUGUCUUUUCUUCUUCUUUGUUUCUCUUCUUUGUAAGUUUGUAAUUACGUAUUCUGUCCAGACAUUUUAUCCCUUUCUGGAUGUAUGGUUCAUAACUCAUAAGGUGAUUAAGGUCUGUGUGUGAUUAAAUUUUGAUUUAGAUCUUUCUGGAUGUAUGGUUCAUAACUCAUAAGGUGAUUAAGGUCUGUGUGUGAUUAAAUUUUGAUUUAGAUCUUUCUGGUGAUUUAGGUUUAUUGGAUCUCGCUUCUCAUUUUUAUCGAGGAAUACCAUAUCUCCAUAAAGCUUCAAACUUCAAUAUUGUAAGACUGAAUGAUAUAAUGGAGUCCAAAGGUGGAAAGAAGUCUAGUAGUAGUAGUAGUAAGACAGUGUUCUAUGAAGCCCCUCUUGGUUAUAGCAUUGAAGACGUCCGACCAAACGGUGGAAUCAAGAAGUUCAGAUCAGCUGCUUAUUCCAACUGCGCCCGGAAACCAUCCUGAUAUUUCUUCACUAGUGUUCUGAUCACGUCUUGAGGCGUGCUGCUACUAAAACUAUUAACUGUUCUAUUACCUAUUAUAUUUUCUCUGUCCCUUUUAAGUAAAACUAAAACCCACAUUUCCAUUCUCCUUUCUCUUUCUGUCGCCUUCUCUUACCCCCUUUUUCGCAAAUCUAUCUUUAUUGAACCUCUUUCUGGCUUAAAAAGAUCCAUUUUUAGAAAUGGCCAUGUCUGUCUCUGCAAUUGGUUUUGAAGGAUAUGAGAAGAGGCUUGAGAUUUCAUUUUUCACGCAUCCUGAAGGAAAAGGCCUUAGAUCCCUUUCCAAAUCCCAGCUAGACGAGUUCCUUGGACCCGCUGAGUGCACAAUAGUUUCUUCACUGUCAAACGAGUUUGUAGACUCUUACGUCCUGUCGGAGUCGAGCCUUUUCAUUUAUCCCGACAAGAUAAUCAUCAAAACCUGUGGGACCACCAAAUUGCUCCUAGCGAUCCCGCCUAUCCUGAAGUUAGCGGGGUCACUCUCUCUUGAAGUACAAUAUGUGAGGUACUCCCGUGGCAGCUUCAUCUUCCCGGAAGCUCAGUCAUACCCUCACCGUUUCUUCUCAGAAGAAGUUGCCAUCCUGGAAGGCUUUUUCGGAAACCUCAGCUCGGGAAGUAAGGCUUACAUCAUGGGAGGCUCCAACAAGCCACAGAAGUGGCACGUUUACUAUGCUUCGGCUUCUUCUACUCCCACUUCCAAGUCCAAGAGCAGCCACCCUGUUUACACCCUGGAAAUGUGCAUGACCGGUUUGGACAGAAAAAAGGCUUCUGUGUUUUAUAAACACGAUGCCAGCUCAGCAGCGAUGAUGACCGUUGAAUCUGGAAUCCGGAAGAUCCUACCUCAGUCCAAUAUAUGUGACUUUGAGUUUGACCCUUGUGGAUACUCCAUGAAUUCUAUUGAAGGAACUGCCCACUCCACAAUCCACGUCACUCCGGAAGAUGGAUUUAGCUAUGCUAGCUUUGAAGCUUCGGGAUAUGACCUCAAAGCUAUGAAUCUCACAGCUUUGGUUAAAAGGGUUUUGGCAUGUUUCAUGCCCAGAGAGUUUUCUAUAGCCAUUUAUGCUGAUGCUCUUCCCGGCAAGGUGCUCGAAACAGUUUGUUCGGUGGACUUGAAUGGUUACUUUCUUGGUGAGAGAUGCAAUGGAGAGUUCGGAAGUGGUAGUUCCAUUGUCUACCAGAAGUUUGUUAGGGAUUAUGCUUACCGUUCAUCCAGGCCUGUGUUGAAAGGAUGCUCCUUGUAAACGAAUUAAGCUGAAGAAGAAGAAGAGGUGGAGUUAUACCUUGGUUGGUUUUCGUGGUACUCUUUUAUGUUGUCUCUGUUUAUAAUAUUAUUUUCUACUUGAACAGUCUUGUUUAUCGUUUGUUUACACUCUGGCUGCUAUAUUUGUUUUGUUUGUUCAAACCCAUGGGCCUAGCCUGUCAAUGGAUCAUGGGCUUGUAUACCUGUUCUGGGCUUCUUGUUGUGACUGAGCAAAUCAAAAGUUUCCCGUGAUGUUGACUGUUACUUUGAUUUGAUGAGCUGAUGUGUAAUUAUUUAUACAUUUACCUCAGUGGACAACGUUUAAAAAAAUGAGUAUAUAAUUAAUAUUUUGAUGGUAAUCAAAUCACAUGUUUCCAAUAGUU